AUGCCGAACUCUGACAUGGAAUCCCCGCCCUCACAGCCAGCCACAGUGACACUUGAAUACCUCGAGGGAAAAGACUCGGGGCUCUUCCGAAUGCUCAAGGCUGAGGCAGAGUCUUUGAAGGAGAUGGCUAAGCGCACGCAGGUAAAGGGGCUCAAGGAGAGCGUUGACCAGGUGAUCAACAUCAUAGGGUCCAUCGAGAGUAAUAACGCCGAGAUGAGAGUGAUGAGGAGCCAGGCAGUUGGCAGUAAGGUUAUGGUAGUGGACGCCAAGAAAGUGGUGACUAUUCUGACCCAGAACUUAAGUGCGGUGGUUAAUGAGUCUAAUAAGACAGUACUAGACGCCAUCUCAAGAGUUGGCACAAGGACGUCCGGAGGAAAUGAGGCUGGAGAAUACGACAGACCUGGCGGCACCGACAGCGCGGAAGUCAAGGCGGCAGUCGCUAAUCUGCAGACGCUGCUCGAAGCGCAGAGCGCAAAGAUGGAUGAGAUGGCAGAGCGGGGAAAGCAGACAGCCUGGACGGACGUGGUUAGGAGCAAGGGCAAGAAGGACAAAGGCGACAAAACAGACGUCCAAUUAACCGAGCGGGUGCCGAGCCGUCGACGGGGAGCACGCCCCCCCGGCCAUCCUAGUGGACGUCAGCAAUGA